AGAUGGCGUUGGGAAUGGUCUCGUGCGGCCCGUACCGCACGAUGCGCGCAGCUUUCGUGUGUGCGCCUCCAAGAUGGCGACGCUCGACAGCAAGGCUCCGCUUCGGACCGUCAAAAGAGUGCAGUUCGGCAUCCUCAGUCCAGAUGAUAUUCGGCGUAUGUCGGUCACCGAGGGCGGCCUCCGCUUCCCGGAGACCAUGGAGGCCGGCCGGCCCAAGUUGGGCGGGCUGAUGGACCCGCGACAGGGUGUUAUUGAUAGAAACUCCAGAUGCCUCACUUGCGCAGGCAACAUGACUGAAUGCCCCGGACACUUUGGUCACAUCGAUUUAUCAAAACCGGUGUUUCACGUCGGAUUCGUCACGAAAACGAUUAAAAUCCUGCGAUGCGUCUGCUUCUACUGCAGCAAACUACUUGUAAGCCCAAAUAAUCCUAAAAUUAAAGAGGUUGUCAUUAAAACCAAAGGCCAACCACGAAAACGUUUGGCAUUUGUUUAUGAUUUAUGCAAAGGCAAAAACAUUUGCGAGGGUGGUGAUGAAAUGGACGUAGGUAAAGAAGGCGAAGACCUAAACCAGGCUGGGAAGAAACCCGGACAUGGCGGUUGCGGUCGUUAUCAGCCAAAUAUCCGCCGUUCUGGCUUAGAUCUCACAGCCGAAUGGAAACACGUGAAUGAAGAUUCCCAAGAGAAAAAAAUCGCGUUUUCUGCGGAGCGUGUGUAUGAAAUUCUAAAACACAUCAUCGAUGAGGAAUGCUUCAUUUUGGGCAUGGAUCCGAAAUUCGCGCGUCCUGAUUGGAUGAUUGUCACAGUUUUACCUGUGCCACCACUUCCGGUGCGUCCUGCUGUUGUUAUGUAUGGUUCCGCGAAGAAUCAGGAUGAUUUGACGCAUAAACUCGCUGAUAUCAUCAAAUCCAACAAUGAGUUGCAGCGUAAUGAGGCUGCCGGUGCUGCAGCGCAUGUAAUCAGCGAGAAUAUCAAGAUGUUGCAGUUUCACGUUGCGACACUGGUUGAUAAUGACAUGCCAGGUAUGCCGCGGGCGAUGCAGAAGUCUGGUAAACCUUUGAAAGCGCUCAAGGCGCGUCUCAAGGGCAAGGAAGGUCGGAUUCGUGGUAAUCUUAUGGGCAAACGUGUGGAUUUCUCCGCGCGUACUGUCAUCACACCAGAUCCCAAUCUACGGAUUGAUCAAGUUGGUGUUCCGAGGUCAAUUGCGCAAAAUUUGACCUUUCCCGAAAUAGUUACACCGUUUAAUUUUGACAAAAUGUUGGAGUUGGUUCAAAGAGGUAAUUCACAAUACCCCGGAGCGAAAUACAUCGUCCGUGAUAAUGGCGAGCGUAUUGAUCUGCGUUUCCAUCCGAAACCCUCGGAUUUGCACUUGCAGUGCGGGUAUAAAGUGGAGCGGCACAUUCGUGAUGGCGAUUUGGUCAUUUUCAACCGCCAGCCCACCCUGCACAAGAUGAGUAUGAUGGGGCACAGGGUGAAGGUGCUGCCUUGGUCUACGUUUCGCAUGAAUCUCAGUUGUACAUCGCCGUACAAUGCGGAUUUCGACGGGGAUGAGAUGAAUCUGCAUGUGCCACAGAGCAUGGAGACGCGUGCAGAGGUGGAAAAUCUACAUAUUACACCCAGACAGAUUAUUACACCCCAGGCCAAUCAACCUGUCAUGGGUAUCGUCCAAGAUACCCUCACAGCCAUCAGAAAAAUGACCAAACGUGACGUAUUCAUCACCAAAGAACAAAUGAUGAACAUCCUCAUGUUCCUACCAAUCUGGGACGGUAAAAUGCCACGUCCAGCCAUCCUGAAACCAACAGCUCUAUGGACAGGCAAGCAGAUCUUCUCUUUAAUCAUCCCUGGUAAUGUAAACCUCAUCCGUACACAUUCCACACACCCCGACGAUGAAGACGAAGGUCCCUACAAGUGGAUCUCACCGGGAGACACACGCGUAAUGGUCGAGCACGGCGAACUUGUCAUGGGCAUCCUCUGUAAGAAAACCCUAGGUACAUCCGCAGGAUCCCUGCUGCAUAUUUGUAUGCUGGAGUUGGGGCAUGAGGUGUGCGGGCGGUUCUACGGCAAUAUUCAAACCGUAGUCAACAAUUGGUUGCUCUUGGAGGGUCAUAGCAUUGGUAUUGGUGACACCAUUGCCGAUCCGCAGACGUACAUCGAGAUCCAGAAGGCUAUUCAUAAAGCUAAGGAGGAUGUAAUAGAAGUCAUCCAAAAGGCACACAACAUGGAACUGGAACCCACACCAGGUAACACUUUACGACAAACAUUUGAAAAUCAAGUAAAUCGUAUCCUGAAUGACGCUCGUGAUAAAACCGGUGGUUCUGCAAAGAAAUCACUCACAGAAUAUAAUAACCUAAAGGCUAUGGUGGUGUCAGGAUCAAAAGGAUCCAAUAUUAAUAUAUCACAGGUUAUUGCCUGUGUAGGACAACAGAACGUUGAAGGAAAGCGAAUUCCCUUCGGGUUUCGUAAACGUACAUUACCACAUUUCAUCAAAGAUGAUUACGGUCCUGAAUCGCGUGGUUUCGUUGAGAAUUCAUAUCUCGCCGGGUUGACACCUUCGGAGUUUUAUUUCCACGCUAUGGGUGGUCGUGAAGGUCUCAUUGAUACCGCUGUCAAGACCGCUGAGACUGGUUACAUCCAGCGUCGUCUCAUCAAGGCUAUGGAGUCUGUCAUGGUCAACUAUGAUGGCACCGUGCGUAACUCUGUCGGGCAGCUGAUUCAAUUGCGUUAUGGUGAGGAUGGGCUAUGUGGAGAGAUGGUAGAAUUCCAAUCUCUACCCACAGUGAAACUAAGUAAUAAAGCUUUCGAGAAAAAGUACAGAUUUGAACCGGGUAAUGAAAAAUACUUACGACGCGUAUUCAAUGAAGAUGUUAUUAAGGUUAUGAUGGGUUCCGGUGAUGUAAUAUCCGAGUUGGAGUUGGAGUGGGAGCAGCUGCAGAAAGAUCGUGAAGCUCUCCGGCAGAUUUUCCCCAGCGGGGAAUCCAAGGUGGUACUACCAUGUAAUCUCCAGCGCAUGAUUUGGAACGUGCAGAAGAUUUUCCAUAUUAAUAAACGUGCGCCAACUGAUUUGUCGCCGUUGCGCGUGAUUCAAGGCGUGAGGGAGUUGCUGGUUCGCUGUGUGAUCGUCGCUGGCUCGGAUAGGCUGUCGGUGCAAGCCAAUGAGAACGCGACGUUGUUGUUUCAGUGCCUUGUGCGCUCCACGCUCUGCACGAAAUACGUCUCAGAGGAGUACAGGUUGAGCACCGAGGCGUUCGAAUGGUUGAUUGGUGAAAUAGAAACUCGUUUCCAGCAAGCACAGGCUAAUCCCGGGGAAAUGGUGGGGGCCCUGGCUGCGCAGUCGCUUGGUGAGCCUGCAACCCAGAUGACACUCAACACCUUUCAUUUUGCUGGUGUGUCUUCAAAGAACGUAACACUUGGUGUGCCGCGUUUGAAGGAAAUUAUUAAUAUUUCGAAGAAACCCAAGGCGCCGUCACUCACGGUGUUUUUGACUGGUGCAGCUGCGCGUGAUGCGGAAAAAGCGAAGAAUGUCCUUUGUAGGUUGGAACACACAACGCUACGCAAAGUGACAGCUAACACAGCGAUUUACUAUGAUCCAGAUCCACAGAAUACGGUGAUUCCAGAGGAUCAAGAGUUUGUUAAUGUUUAUUAUGAAAUGCCUGAUUUUGACCCGACGAGGAUCUCCCCGUGGUUGCUGCGUAUUGAAUUGGAUCGCAAACGCAUGACUGAUAAGAAAUUGACCAUGGAACAAAUCGCCGAGAAGAUUAAUCUUGGUUUCGGCGAUGAUCUCAACUGUAUCUUCAACGAUGAUAACGCUGAGAAGUUGGUGCUGCGCAUACGCAUCAUGAAUUCAGAUGAUAGUAAGUUUGGAGAGGGCGCUGAUGAGGAGAUAGACAAAAUGGAGGAUGAUAUGUUCCUGCGUUGUAUUGAAUCCAACAUGCUUUCGGAUAUGACACUGCAGGGUAUUGAAGCCAUUAGUAAAGUGUACAUGCAUCUACCACAAACCGAUGCUAAGAAACGUAUUGUUAUCACCGAAACAGGUGAAUUUAAAGCGCUGGCUGAAUGGUUGUUGGAAACGGACGGUACCAGCAUGAUGAAAGUCCUUUCCGAACGUGAUGUUGAUCCAGUCCGUACGUAUUCCAACGAUAUCUGUGAGAUUUUCGCUGUGUUGGGCAUUGAAGCCGUGCGAAAAUCCGUGGAGAAGGAAAUGAACGCCGUGCUGCAGUUCUACGGUCUGUACGUAAACUACCGCCAUCUGGCGUUGUUGUGUGAUGUUAUGACGGCCAAAGGUCAUCUUAUGGCAAUUACACGUCACGGUAUCAACAGGCAGGAUACCGGCGCGCUUAUGAGGUGUUCUUUUGAGGAAACCGUCGAUGUGCUUAUGGAUGCCGCUGCGCAUGCGGAGGUGGAUCCAAUGCGUGGUGUAUCUGAGAAUAUUAUCAUGGGUCAGCUACCGCGCAUGGGCACUGGUUGUUUUGAUUUACUCCUGGAUGCUGAGAAGUGUAAGAUGGGUAUUGCUAUACCGCAAACAGCUGCCGGUGAUUUGAUGUCAAGCGGUAUGUUCUUCGGGUCUGCAGCGACACCUAGCAUGAGUCCGGGUACUACAAUGACACCUUGGAAUCAAGGCGCAACGCCAUUUGCAGCUGGUGGAAGUGUUUGGUCACCGCAAAAUUACUUGGGCAGUGGUAUGACACCAGGUGGCCCUGCUUUCUCACCAUCAGCUGCUUCGGAUGCUUCUGGAAUGUCUCCUGGGUCCUGGUCACCCACACCGCUCCCCGCUAUGUCACCGAUGAUGGCGUCCCCUCGCGGAGCUUCCCCAUCGUACAGCCCUGCAUCACCCUCGUAUCAACCACAUUCACCGUCGAUUACACCGGUUUCACCUAGUUACUCACCAAGCAGUCCUGGGUAUUCUCCCUCCUCACCGAAUUACAGCCCAACGAGUCCUAGUUACUCGCCAACAUCGCCCGGGUAUUCUCCGAUCCCGAGCUAUUCACCAACUUCCCCUAACUAUUCCCCCACCUCCCCUGGGUAUUCACCGGCUUCUCCUAGUUAUUCACCCACGUCUCCUAAUUAUUCUCCAACUAGUCCUGGUUAUUCUCCAUCCAGUCCUAGUUACUCACCUACAUCUCCGAGUUAUUCACCAACUUCGCCAGGGUAUUCUCCUACAUCCCCGGGGUAUUCCCCUACUUCCCCUGGUUAUUCCCCAACAUCUCCGAAUUAUUCACCUGCUGCCUCACCGGGUUAUUCUCCAACUUCGUUGAGUUAUUCCCCCACUUCUCCAAGUUACUCUCCGAAUUCACAUAACUAUUCGCCAUCUCCUAGAUAUACACCUGCAUCCCCGAGUUAUUCGCCCACUUCACCGAGUUAUUCGCCAUCCUCUCCGAAUUACUCCCCUACUUCACCUAGUUUCUCACCUUCAUCGCCGAAUUAUUCGCCAACAUCUCCGGGUUAUUCUCCGACUUCCCCGAGCUUUGCCGGUGGAAGCCCGCAGUAUUCCCCCACCUCUCCGAAUUAUUCUCCAUCCUCACCGCAGCAUACCCCGGCGGCUAGUUCACGGUAUUCGCCGUCCUCGCCGAACUAUUCCCCCACUAGUCCGGGUUAUUCACCUACGUCACCGCAGUACUCUCCGCAAAGCACUAAGUACUCGCCCACGUCGCCGACGUACACUCCGAUGAGUCCCACGUUUUCGCCGGCUAGCCCUACGUACUCACCGCAGCCGCCGCGAUAUUCACCAUCGAGCCCGAACUAUUCGCCGACAAGUCCUAAUCCUGACCAGGACUAAGCGUUUUAUGUAUAUAACAUACCCGCGUGAGUUAGCAUUUAGUUUUAUUUUAAUUAAGACAAGUUUGUUAUAUGAAUAAUCUAGGAGACGCUGAUUGUGUGUUGGGGGAGGAAGAAGAUCAGUGCUUUUGAUAAUAAUUAUUUUGUUAUGUACUGAAAAACAAUGAAAAUAUAUUGGAUAUCUUACAACAA